AGGGAUUAAAUUCCAAAUGGGUAUAAAAGUGUAUAUAGUACACAGCUUAUUUACAUCAAAGUUUAGAUCAGUCUUUGUUAUUUGCUAAUCGAAACUCGUCUGGCGAAAACAGCUCUAUAAAAACAAAGACCCAAAACAGAGCACGCAAAUCUAGCUCGGAAAUCGACCAUGAAUAUCAACGGUUAUGGAUUAAAUGGUUCCUAUUUAAGUGCCGGCCACUUAUCAGCGUCGAAUUAAAUCGAACCGAUUUAAGAGGAUCCGAGAUGCUUACCAGACAGCCCGACUACACCAUCUCCGAACUGGGCCACCCCAUUCACCAGUGGCCAGAUUCGACCCUGUGCGAGUCCCUCAAGAAACUGGACUACAGAAAGUUGCCAAGCUCCCCGCCCUCACCACAUCGUCUUCUGCCCCUGAGGGAAACUCUGGACGAUUGUUUCAAGCGGUUGACGAUGAGGACCAGAGUAGAUAUAGAAGAUGAUCCCAUAUACCAGCAGAAACAGCGGAAGAAUCAGUGGAACGAACAGCAGCGAAAACGCAAUCAGAAAAGUCGAGAUAAUGGCGAGUCAAGAGGAACAACCACCACGACGACGACGACGAUAGCGGCGAACUGCGAUUUAAACAAUUUUUAAGAUUGGAACUAGGAGGAAGAACUUAUAUGGGGGAAGCAACCUAAGCGGACUGAUUAAAUGUGCUAAAAAUAAAACACCUUUUGCCUAGAACAUUAAGAACACUAAAUGUUAAGUAAAGUUAAAACCUAUAACACUUUAUUCUAAUUUAAUUGCCGGCCACGCAGUUAACAUACGAAUAUAUUUUCAAAUGGAA